AACCUGGUGUAGAUAAAAAUAGCUCAUGCCGACCCCGCGACAACGGGGCACAUCAUGGUCAGAGUCUUCGUGCGUGCACCAGUUCCAGACACACCCGCCUCGUUUCUCGCAACGUACCACCGCUUGUCCGUGUUGGUCAAUGUUGGGUUCGCCCUCAAUCUCGCCACGACGCCACUGAUGGCGUACGUGGCCGAGCCGUACCCUUGGGGUAUCCCGUUGCAAAACACGUUUGCAGACGUCCCGUACGACGCGUUGGACGCCGCCGCCGCGCCCAUGUUUCAAGGGUUGUACAACAACAUGACGAUGGCCCCCCUUGAGUGGUUUAAACUCGAUCUGGCCACGCUCUCGUACGCUGUUCGUUACACCCUAGUGAUUCCCCCGGCCGACGAAUUCGUCUCGCACCCGCUUCGCCAAGUCAACGCCCUUGUUUCGUUUCCAGCGGCGGGGUUUUACGGCGUCGGGGGGCGGGCACUCGUGUACGACUUUCUCGCCGCCAACAGCUCCGCGCGAGCCUCAAAUCGCUGGUGCACAUGCCAAUUCGCCGUCCUCUUGGGCAUACCCAUCGCCGUCGGGUGUCUCUGGUUUUACUCGACUUCCUCGUCCGCCGACACGUUGCCGUCGACGAGCAUCACGGCGUUCUUUUCCGUGCAGUUGUUUGAAACGUUCAGUAUGUGCUGGUUCAAGCUGGCGUAUCGCGUCGCCUUGUCUCUGUACGUGGUGUGGCUGCUCUGGUCCAGGUACUACCGGCACAUUGUUGCCCUCCACAGGUCGUUGAAUCGACUGGGGCUGGAUUGUACAUCGAGCUGCACGCGGUACAAAAUCAUGCUGGGGGAUCCAUCGGGGUUGAUCAUGUCCGAGUUUGUCGUGGCCGUGGUAGUGUUGCUCGACAUUUGGAUGAAUGUUUCGUACCUGUCGAUUGCAUUCAUCCAAGUCAGUCAAGUGACCGACGUGUGGCAACUUAUACUUGGCUGCAUGUACACGGUUCGGUUUGUGUGGGGCGGCGCGCUGUUUGUGUGCAUCUUGACCGUGUUCACAAAGCGGUACAAGUGGGAAGCCAUCUUUACGCCUGUGGAUCCGACAGUCCUCACGAUAGCCUCGUACAUCUACGGCGGUCCCGUCCUCGCAGUGUUUGUCGCCACGCCCGCAAUGGUGGUGGUGUACAUGCUUCGCCAUAUUAGUUUACCAGGCAAAAAUCCCGUCGUCGACAUGGAGGUCUCUGCAUCGAUCGUCGCCAUAUCGUUGUUUGUUUCGUCCAUUCCGGUCGUGUACUCGCUGGCGCGUACGUACAUCCGUUACAGGUAUCCGCCGCGGCCAAUAAUAGGGGGGCCACGUCGAAUGACCCACCGGACAUACUCGGAUACGUGGUGGCAAGUUCACAAAACUACGGGCGAUAUCAAGCACCGCCUCCUCCGUACGUUAUAUAAGCAACGCAGCAAGGACUGCAGAGGAGGGUCCAUCUACAAAUUGUUUGAUCGGAACCCACGAUAUCGCAUGAAGCCACUCACGAGUCUCCUCUCUGCCGACGUGUUUGUACUUUGCGCCAGGGGGGGGGAGGGGCCCCAGGUUUACGACAUCCAAGUGCGCCUGAGCUUGGUAUCCCUUCUCGACACACAUGCGAACGACCCCGCUCUGGCCAUCACGACGUGUCCCCGCGAGCACCGCGCCUCAGUCGCCACCUUGAGCCACCCCACGUCCUGCACGACUACGUCCUCCCCCUUUGUUGCGCACGCGUUUACAUGUGUCCAUCUAGGCGAAACGGACUGGCUCAUGUAA